CUGAUUUUUACGCAGAGGCAUUUUGGAAACAUAUUAAUUAUGAUUUUUGAAGCACUUUUUGAUUUUAUGGACUUCACUGGCUGGCUGUUGUUCAUUUUUGCGGUGUUACUUCUGACAGAUGUGGUGAGAAACUGGAGACCGCACAGCUUUCCCCCUGGACCUUGGGCGAUGCCUUUUCUAGGAAAUGUUUUCACAAGAAUGGACUUCAAAACAUUGGAGAAGCUUGCUGAGGAGUACGGCCCCGUGUUCAGCCUGAGGAAAGGCAGCGAGAGGAUAGUGUUCAUUUCGGGCCUCAAGAUGGUCAAAGAGGCUCUCGUUCACCAGCUGGACAGCUUUGUCGAUCGCCCCAUUGUCCCUCUCUUCCACGAAGUCUUCAAAGGAAUCGGCAUAGGUCUGAGCAACGGGUACCUUUGGAAGCAGCAGAGGAAGUUCGCCAACACUCACCUGCGUCACUUCGGCGAGGGCCAGAAGUCGUUGGAAAAAGACAUCGAAGUGGAAAACAGAUUCCUCUGUGAAGCUUUCAACGAGGAACAAGGCAGACCAUUCAACCCCCACUACCUCAUAACGACCGCAGUGAGCAACAUCAUCUCGACCGUGCUCUUCGGACAUCGCUUUGACUACAGCGAUGAAGACUUUCGAAGGUUUCUGGAGAUGGACAAUGAGGCCAUUGUGCUCGCCGGCUCACCUCUGAGUCAGCUGUAUAACGCCUUCCCCGGCUUGCUGAAGCACCUGCCGGGGCCUCACCAGACCGUCCUCGGCAACUACCAGAAGAUCAUGACUUUCCUGAAAAAGGAAGUGGUGAAGCACCAGGAGGAGUGGAACCCCGAUGACCCUCGGGACUACAUCGACGUAUACCUGGCAGAGAUGGAAAAGAAAAAGGAGGAUCCCCAAGCCGGCUUCAACCUCGAAACGCUGCAGGUUUGCAUUCUGGACCUGUUUGAGGCUGGUACCGAAUCAAUUGCCACCACUUUACGCUGGGGCCUCCUCUACAUGGUGCACUACCCGGAGAUACAGGAGAAAGUCCAGGCAGAGAUAAACGGAGUGGUGGGACAGUCUCGUCAGCCCACCGUGGCCGACAGACCCAACAUGCCCUUCACCGACGCCGUCAUCCAUGAGACUCAGAGGAUUGGAAAUAUCGUUCCCGUAGGAUUCCCCAAAAUGGCCAAUAAAGACACUACACUGGGAGGAUACUUAAUACCCAAAGGCACAGCCAUAAAUACAGUUCUUGCAUCUGUGCUGGUUGAUAAGAAGGAGUGGGCGACUCCAGAUGUCUUCAAUCCCGAGCAUUUCUUGGACUCAGAGGGCCAGUUCCGCAGAAGAGAGGCCUUCCUGCCGUUUUCAGCAGGUAAACGUGUGUGUUUAGGGGAGCACCUGGCCAGGAUGGAGCUGUUCCUUCUCUUUACAUCUUUCCUCCAACGCUUCACCUUUUCUCCUGUUCCUGGAGAGAUGCCCAGCUUGGAGGGUUUGCUGGGCUUCACCUAUUCCCCCAAAGCGUUCAGGAUCCUGGCUAAGCCUCGCUGAUUUGCUCAAACCUUUACUCAUCCUUGCAUUUACACAAAUCAUCAGCCACUCUGUCCACAUGUUUUCUCUGAGACAACCAGAAUAAAUUCAUGAAAAAAAUAAUAAAAAGAUCCCCAAGUCUGUGGAGAUUCACCCAGAUCAGAAGAUAUUUGCAAGUUCCAAGACAGAUUGGACUUACUCAUUGUUUCAAGGCGGUAAGCCCAGAUGCCUUGUAUAUAUCUUACAGGUACAGUUAUUAAAGCACCUGCACUCUCACGGUCUUCUCCACAGACAUGUGUUCACACACAUUCAAAAAAUCUGCGUUUAAAAUGUUUUCUUUUUUCAAGAGAUACUUUAUAUCUCCUGUAGACUUGUUAGGAUUGAUAACAUUGUAUGCAAUAUUGUAGUAGUUUAUGAGAGUUCUCAACACAAUGUAUGAGUAUAUAUUUACAGCUUUGUUGUAGAAAUACACAUACUGAUAUUCAUAGAUGAACUAUGUGUGACUGGACACAUCACUUUACUUUAACUUUAACCUUUGUUCGCUGAUCUAAGGAAGUGUUGCAUGGUUCAAUUUACUUCCUUGCAGUAGGAUUGAAUAAAGAACAAGCGAUAUCAAACUAGAAAAAAUUACGUAUUACUGGUGUUUUAACCCUUGUGUUGUCUUCGGGUCAAUUUGACCCGAUUCAAUGUUUAACCCUCCUGUUACCUUUAUAUUUACUAACAUAUUUUACCCUUGAGGUCAAUAUGACCCCAGCUAUUAAAAUCUCCAGAAAAUUAUUAGAAUUAAUAUUGUUUUCCAAGUUUAAGUGUGAGGUACUUUAUGUUUGUUUGUUGACUCCCGAAAGAACACCGACAUUAAACAUUGAAUCGGGUCAAAUUGACCCGAAGGCGACAGGAGGGUUAAAUAUUGAAUCGGGUCAAAAUGACCCGAAGGCAACACAAGGGUUAAAAGGAACAACACAGUGUUGAGACGCUCAGACUCUCCCCCCUGCUGCAACUCUCGAACUAUGUGGCUGUAUAAUUUUCUGCUGCGUUUUUACCUCAUGGUGUUUUUCCUGUUUAUAUUUAUUUUGAUCAUAACAGCAGACACAUUCAAAAACAGGAAUCCUCCAAAUUGUCCUCCAGGAACGUUGGCUCUUCCAUUUGUGGGGAAUUUCUUCA